AUGGCACCAGUCAGCUCGGUGGCCGCGCUGGCAGCAGUGCUCGUGGCGCUGCAGCUGUCUGCGGCGGCGGCGGCGGCUGUUGAUGCGCACGGAUGCACCCGGGAGUGCGGCGACGUGGACGUGCCGUACCCGUUCGGCGUCGUCGGCGAUCCUGGCGGGGCUGGCUGCUACUUGCCGGGCUUGAAUCUCACCUGCGAGACGAGCCGCGACGACCCCCCUCGGCUGCUGCUCGGCGACGGCUCCCUCCAAGUGGUCACUAUCUCCCUCCAGAACCUCACUGUGCGCGCUGUACACGCCGGCGACAUAAAGAUAGACGCCGACGGCAACGGAACCUUCGGCGGCGGACUCAGGGUCCACGGGCCCUACAAGCUAUCCGACUCCGACCGCAACGAGCUCGUUGUAACGGGUUGCAACGUGAUGGCGACGCUGUACGAGGAGAGCAGCCACAUCAUCAUGAGCGCAUGUGCCUCCUUCUGCGAGGACCCCAAUGGCGCUUUGCACUCAUUCCCAGGCAACUAUGGCCCAGGCAAGAAGUACUGCAACGGCAAGGAGUGCUGCCAGGCGCCCAUCUCCGUGAUCCGUGACGAGGCAGCGGGCUACGUGACGUUCAAAUGGUUCGGCCAGAACAGAAGCGCGGAUCACGAGUGGGGGCCGCCCGCUCGCGUGUUCGUCGCCGAGGAGGGGUGGUUUGAUAAUGACCACGUUGGUGUGAUGUAUCCUUUGUCAGAAGAUGCAAUGGCAGUUCCCAUUCUUCUUGACUGGGAGAUUGUCGAUAUAGACCCGGCCCCAUCAAUAGAUUUCACCACGUGGUACGCCCCGCGUCAUUGCACAAGUAAAGUGGCCUCCAGCAUAUGCAAGAGCGACAACAGCGAGUGCUAUCAUGGUAGAGGCUAUUCCUGCUACUGCGAAGAGGGAUACGACGGCAAUCCCUACGUCACCGGCGGCUGCCAAGAUAUAAACGAGUGUGAGCAACCAGGAGGAAGUCGGUGCCUUGGUAAAUGCACCAAUACGCAAGGCUCUUUUGAGUGCGAGUGUCCAUCAGGAACACCCAUGAGCAAGCACAGCCGCUGCAUACAAGAGAGUCGUGGCUAUUCGUGUGCCAUCGUAGGAGUUGCUAGCGGGGCAGGCCUUGUACUUUUGGUUUUUAUUGGGCUCUUCAUUUCCAAGAAAUUAAAGCACAAAAGGACACAGAUGUUGAAGCGCAAGUUCUUUGAGCAGAAUCGUGGUCAAUUGCUGCAACAAUUGGUAUCUCAGAGAGCUGAUAUUGCAGAAAGGAUGAUCAUACCUUUAGAAGAGCUAGAGAAGGCAACAAACAACUUUGAUAAAGCUCGUGAGCUUGGUGGUGGAGGGCAUGGCACCGUCUACAAAGGUAUUUUAUCAGACCUACAUGUUGUGGCUAUCAAGAAACCAAAGAAGGUGGUUCAGAAAGAGAUUGAUGAGUUUAUCAAUGAAGUUGCUAUAUUGUCACAAAUCAACCAUCGGAAUGUGGUAAAACUCUAUGGUUGUUGUCUUGAAACAGAAGUCCCAUUGUUGGUCUAUGAGUUCAUAUCAAAUGGAACCCUCUAUGAUCAUCUUCAUGUUGAAGGACCAAGAUCAUUGUCAUGGGGUGACAGGCUACGGAUAGCAAUUGAAACGGCUAAAUCCCUAGCAUAUCUUCACUCGACAGCUUCAAUACCUAUCAUCCACAGAGACAUCAAGUCAGUAAACAUACUUUUGGACGAUACUCUAACAACAAAGAUAGCAGAUUUUGGUGCUUCAAGGUAUAUUUCAGUGGAGAAAUCAGGUUUAACAACCAUGGUGCAAGGCACUGUCGGAUAUUUAGACCCUAUGUACUUCUAUACAGGGCGACUCACGGAGAAAAGUGAUGUCUACAGUUUUGGUGUCAUGGUUGUAGAACUGUUGACCAGAAAGAAGCCAUUUUCAUAUUUAUCCCCCAGUGGUGAUGGCAUUGUUGCACAUUUUGCUAUGUUAUUUGCAGAAGAUAACUUGUCGCAUAUACUAGAUCCACAAAUUAUAGAUGACUGGAGUAAAGAAGUCCAUGAAGUCGCUACACUUGCAAUAGCAUGUACCCAGUUAAAAGGAGAGGAUCGGCCAACCAUGCGACAAGUGGAGUUGACACUAGAGAGCCUACGAUCAUCAAUGCAUAUUGUUUCAGAUAAUGUGGUGGAUGAGGAAUUUGAGAAUGACGCCAUUCCAAUAAAUUGCCCAAUAAAUGAGCAUGAAAGAGGCGGCGAUGAGGAUUCAACCAGACAAUAUAGUAUGGAAGAAGAGUUCAUGUUAUCAUCAAGGUAUCCUCGGUAG